GAUAGCCCAAUAGUGACAUUUUACAGUGAUAGUUUUAGGCACUACCUAUUUUAUCAAUUUAAGAAUAUUGUUUACUAAUAUUCAUAAUGGGUAUCAAAGAAGCUGCUAUAUAUUUAGAUAAUCAGUUUAAUACAUACUAUGCGGGCCAAACUGUUAACGGAAGGAUAGAAUAUGUUUUUGACAGUCCUAAAAAAGUUAGAGGAGUACACGUAAAGUUUAAAGGCGAGGCUCAUACGGAAUGGAGUGAAAGUAAACAAGAAGAAGAUGCAGAAGGCAAGACACAGUCCUCUGAUACUCUUCACACAGGAAAUGAGGAAUAUUUUCAAAUAUCAUAUUAUUUAUUGGGAAGCAGCUCAGGUAACGAGAUUGAGAUCCCUGCGGGCAAGCAGGUAUAUAACUUCACAUGUGCUUUACCACCCGUCUUGCCCUCCUCCUUCGAAGGCCAGUAUGGCUUUGUCAGAUACACGGUGAAAGUAACACUAGAUAGGCCCUGGAAGUUUGAUCAGGAAACUAAAAUGGCUUUUACUGUCAUCAACGCUCUGGAUUUAAAUCUAAAUCCAUCCUAUAGGGAGCCAAUACAUUUCCAAAUAGAAAAAACAUUCUGUUGUUUCUGUUGCGCAUCUCCACCACUCUCUGUGGACGUGCGGGCCCCAGUGUCGGGGUACUGUCCAGGACAAGUGAUCCCAAUUACAAUAGACAUUGAAAACAAGAGCAAUGUGCAGUUGCAUCUUGUUAAGGUUUUCUUACGAAAAGUGGUGACGUACAGGGCAACAUCUCCGUCUACAGUGACCAAGAAGACUAAGGAUGUUAUUUUGACGAUCCAAGAAGGCCCGGCCCCGGCGGGUUCGACGAAACACUGGAAUAUCUCCAUGGAGGUGCCCCCGAUACCGCCUUCGAAUUUGGUCAAUUGCAAUAUAAUUGACUUGGACUAUGAUCUAAAGGUGGAGUGUGUCGUACCGACGACACACAUAAAUAUGAAAGAUCGCAAGUACAUAACUAUCGGUACAGUCCCGCUGGUGGGGAUGGUCGGUCAAGCGGUCCCCCAGCCGUCGGCACCGAUGAUGCCCAGUGACGGCCUCCCUUCCCCCAGCCAGCCCGCCGUGCUGCCCGUGGCGCCCGGACAACCUGCACAACCUGGAAUUGUGGCGGGCGACGCGCUGGCUGGCGGCUGGGCGCUCCCGCCCUACCAGUCCCUGUACCCCACGCUCACGGACCCGGUUUACAAAGUGUCUUCAUACCAGGCGCGCACGAUUCAGGACCGCGGCGAAAGCAACAAUAUGGGCAUAACUGGACCGGCACAGUUCGCGCCGUACUACCCCACGUAUGCGGCCGUGCAACCCCCACCCCUCCCGCAGUAAAAUUUGAAAUCAGCAGUACACUAAAAAAAAAGAUCGUCCGCAUAUUUUUUUUCGUUUUGAUCCCAUAUUGUAGCUGCCAACACUCCGCAUCAAACCAAGAUAUGAAGCGGUUGCCAUUGUUCCUAAGAAAGAAAUGAGCCAAUAGAUGGCGCUGAUAGUAAAAACAAUUGUUAUUGGUUCGUGUACUUAUAAAAUUUUACAUCAUAAUGGAAAUUAUCGUACUUGUACAAUAAUUACCGUACGGUUGUGAACGCUGCUGUCGACACUGACUUGACAUAAGAAAGAACAAGACAGCAUUACGUAACUGCACAUAGAGCAAUACCAAUAGACAACAUUUGCUUUGUUCCGGUCUCACUAACGACCGAGCAUUUCUUGAUAAUAAGAUUAUUUUAAUUUAUAUUAAAAAUGUGAAUACAAUUAUAAAUUUCAAUUAAAAUAUAAACUAUCGAUGUAAAAGCAAUUGUGGGCGAAACUGCUUUAUACAAUGUGAAUCUUCAAGGUGUAAUCUCAUUUUAUAGAUAUUUACAAAAAAAAAUCAAAUAAAUUACUUGUAAUAUUAGCUGUUAAAUCAUUAUUGAGAUAUUUUAUUUUGGGUGUUCUAUUAACACACCACUGUGUUUUCAUUUUAUAUUUUACUUAAACAACAUGUACUCUCGAAUAAUAAGUUUUUAGACACUCGUUUAUUUGGUGGUGGUGAUAUUCUUAUUUUAUUUUAUUAAUGAAUAUAAAGGAAAAAAAAAAAACGUCCAGGGCUUUUGUCAAUUGUAACGCUUUAAAUGUGUAGUAUUUAUCUAAUGACGUCGUACUGCCUCUUUUUCUAUUAAAAACAAAAUCAAUCGCAUGUUAAAUUAUUCUUAUCAUAAAGUUUUUUAAUUCAGCCCCUAAUUUAUUUCAACCAAUGAUAAAAAUUUAUGGAAACGCACAGUUCACAAGUCAGUGUCACGUGUAUUUAUACUUUAUUGGUAUAAAAUACAAAGAUAAUUAUAUAGUAAUAUUAAUGUACUAUUUCGAUGUGCUUUUAUAUUGUGGUAUAUAGAUAUAUUAUUAAUCUGUAUUUAAAUUAUGAGAGUAAUAUUACUGUUUACGUCCAUAUUGUUGAUGUGUUCACGUUAUAUUUUAUAAUUAAGCAUAUUUUGUUAACCAAGAUAGAUGUUAAGACUUAUUCUUUAAUAGUCAUGCUUUUCAUUGUGAGAGUAGACCGACAUGAACCUAAGUCCAGACAAGGUUUGAUCUUUUGUAAUGUACCUGCAGCCUAUUCCAAUCACAGCGGUAAAGACAAAUAAACAAUUUUGACAUCUUGAAUAAUGUGAUAUUCACUAUGGAUUUUGAAUUUAAAAUUAAAGUGUUUCUAACUAGUUAAAUGAAAUAGUGUUUUAUUAUAAAUAAAAGUAAAUUUAUCGAGAACUGUUUAUAGUGCGUAAUACAGCAGAACUAUUAGCAAAUCGCAUGGAAUACGUAAAUCGAAUAUUUGUUUUAUUUAUUUUUUCAUUGAUUGGAAUAGGGUAUAUACACACAUAAAAAUGUGCCUCGAACGUUCUUUAUUCGUUUCGAGAAGCUAUAUUAUUUUCUAUAUUAUCUGGUUUUGCAAUGUAUUAAUACGUGUUAAUUAAAUUUUUAUUUUAAAAUGCAGACUGUUAGUAAUUGUCUGUUUAAUUCGUUACGCUGAAAAUCUCAAUUUUAUAAAGUUAUAUGUCUACGGCCUCAGUAUUAGCAUUUUACAAUACUUAUUAAUCGGUUAUAAAAUAUAUAAUGUAAUAAUAACAAUAUAUAAUGGGUUUUUUUAUUCGGAUACUUAUUUUUGUUUGUAUACAGUGAGUUCGCAUAUCGUUCAUCCGGCACGGGGUUCUUACCUUCUGGCAUAGUUGACGUUGCUGGUCAGUGUUCACAACCUAAAGCCAGGCAGUUAUCGUACAAGAGCCGUAAAAUUAUUGUAUAUAGAUUCAAAUUAACGCACAGGAUAAUGAUUAUAAUACAUUUGACGAGCCGGUUGGUAUGGUUGGUAGAUACUUGCCUUUUACGCCGAAGCUUGUGGGUUCGAUUCCCACCCAGGACAGACAUUUGUGAGAAUGAACAUAUCUGUUAGUCCUGAGUCUGGGUGUAAAUAUCUAUAUAAGAAUGUAUUUAAAAAAGUAAAGUAGCGUAUGUAGUAUAUCAGUUGUCUGGUUUCCAUAGUACAGGCUCUGCUUAAUUUGGGAUCAGAUGACCGUGUGUGACUAAUGUCCCAAGAUAUUAUUACAUAAAAAAAUCUCAAUAUGCUGCUUUAGUUUCAAAAAAACAUAUUUAUAUAUAUGUGCUUAAUUUGUGUUUAAUUCAUCUCGUGCUUGACGGUGAAGGUAAACAACGGUGAGGAAACCUGCAUGUGUCUAAAUUCAUUGAAAUUCUGCCACAUGUGUAUUCUACCAACCCGCAUUGGAGCAGCGUGGUGGCCUUCUCCUAAAAAGGGAGAGGAGGCCUUAGCCCAGCAGUGGGACAUUAACAGGCUGUUAUUGUUGUAUUAUUGUAUAUAUAUAACACUAUUUAAUAUAUGAACAAUAUUUAAUGUAUUUUGUUAUUUUUAUUUUGUAUUUUAUAAAAAUAUAUGUACGUAUAGAUUCAUUAAAUAUAUAAAUUUUAUCAAUUCAAAAAGAUAGUAACUGCCAACACUCGGCAUCCAACCAAGAUAUUGAUAUCGAUCGCUGAUUAGCAGACGGUAGCAACCAAUGAAAGGAUUGCGUCUUGAAACGGCUGCCCUAAAAAAGAAAUGAGCCAAUAGACGGCGCUGACAGUAAAAACAAUUGUAAUUGUUAUUGGUUAGUGUAAUUAUUAAAUUUUUCAUUAUAAUGGAAAAUAUCGUACAAUAUAUUUUUUUAUUAUUAUAGAAUAGGCGGGCGAGCAUAUGGGCCACCUGAUGGUAAAUGGUCACCAACGCCCAUAGACAUUGGCAUUGUAAGAAAUGUUAACCAUCGCUUACAUUACCAAUACGCCACCAACCUUGGGAACUAAGAAGUUAUGUCCCUUAUGCCUGUAAUUACAAUCUACGUACGAUAUUAGUGUACCAUCGUACGUAGUUAUAAUAUUAUCGUACUUGUACGAUAAUAGGCAUGAUGAUUGUUUUGAAAUAACCUUCUAUAAUGUAGGUCUACUAUUACUGAAAAUAAUAUUAUUUCAUUAAUAAACUAACUAUUUACGCAAAUAAUUGCAUUUUCAAUUACCUAUUUUGAAUUUCGCUCGAAAACACCCGCGGGUGUCAUGGUGCCUACACGUGACGUCACGCCUCAAUAAACGACAGUAAAUGUUGUAUUAUGUCUAUACUCAACGAGGAAAGGCAGAAAAUAUUGCGUAUUUGCUAAGGUUAAAAAUGAAUUCCAAAGUUUACAAGUGGUGUGCGGUCCCUCUGUGUAAAAAUACAUUCGAAUGCCAACCAGAUCGAAGAACAAUCUACAAAAACAGAACGACCAUAUAUAAGCACCGAAAGAUGAUGAUUCUUAAAGAAUGUGAAAAGCAAUAAAAGAAAGUAUGUUUACAGAACAUUUUGAAGAAAUUGCAAAUUGAGGCAGAGAUUUAUUAUAUAUUUGAUAUAUUUAGAUUUAUAGAAGUAUUCGUAAACAUAUAAAUUCACAAAUUAGUACUAGUGGAGCUAAAUGAAAUAUUGUCUUAAAAGUUCUCACUGGUAAAAAUAUUAGGGCUCUUCAUAUGCGAGUUAUACUAUAUAGCUAAUAGAAAAAAACCUUUGAUAACACUAAAGAUAAAUAAAAAUGUACUUACAAGGAAGAUUUCACAUUUCGAAAUUCAGAUGAGCAAAAGUCUUUAUUUGAUGAAAGAAACUCUCUAAAUAUCAACCAAUCAUGGGCAAAUUAGAGGAAUUUGCCUUAACAAAACCUCCAUCAUUGAUAGAUCUUGAAUGUUUUGUUUUCUUCACAAAAAUGCGAAUAAUCAACGACUCAAUUAAUUAAAUGAUGCAAAAUAAUUUUGAAACGCGUAAACACAACAACUGUUCAAGAGAAACGGUUAUUGAUACAGAGGCGUGACGUCAUUCGCUCUGAUUGGUGUUUCAAAUAAAAUGGCCAAUUGCAGAAU